ACUUUGCCUCUCCAAGUAGGCAACUAUGCCUCCUAGCGCACAAUAUCAUAAAAGAGAACUCACUCUCACUCUAUGCCUAUAAAAUACUCAUUAGAUACAUAAAUCUUUCAAUCAAUUUGCGUCUGAGAACAAAAAGCAAAAGAGAUGGUUUUAAUAAAAGAGAGAGAAAUGGAGAUUCCAGUUAUUGAUUUUUCUGAAUUGGAUGGAGAAAACAGAAUCAAGACUAUGUCACUUCUUGAUCAUGCAUGUGAUAAGUGGGGCUUCUUCAUGGUUGACAAUCAUGGGGUUGACAAAGAAUUGAUGGAGAAAGUGAAGAAGAUGAUUAACUCUCAUUAUGAAGAUCAUUUGAAAGAGAAGUUUUACCAGUCAGAGAUGGUCAAAGCUUUGAGUGAAGGCAAAACCUCAGAUGCAGAUUGGGAAAGCAGUUUUUUCAUUUGGCAUAAGCCAACUUCAAGCAUAUGCAAGAUCCCAAACAUUUCAGAUGAACUCAUCAAGACGAUGGAUGAAUAUGUUUCACAACUGCACAAGUUUGCAGCAAGGCUCUCCAACCUCAUGUGUGAAAAUCUUGGUCUUAGUCAAGAAUACAUAACGAAUGCAUUUUCUGGUCCAGAAGGUCCAGCUUUUGGGACAAAAGUGGCUAAAUACCCGGAAUGCCUUCGUCCGGAGCUCAUGAGAGGAUUGAGAGAGCAUACCGAUGCUGGAGGAAUUAUUUUGCUCUUGCAGGAUGAUCAAGUGCCUGGUCUUGAGUUCUUGAAAGAUGGGAAGUGGGUUCCUAUCCCUCCAUCGAAGAACAACACCAUUUUUGUCAAUACCGGUGAUCAACUCGAGAUAUUGAGUAAUGGGAGAUACAAGAGUGCUGUACACCGUGUAAUGACAGUGAAGGAUGGAUGUAGACUGUCGAUAGCUACAUUUUACAAUCCAGCUGGUGAUGCCGUAAUAUCUCCAGCUCCAGAGCUUUUGUAUCCAAGUGGCUACCAGUUUCAAGAUUACCUUAAGCUUUACUCAACCACUAAGUUUGGAGAUAAAGGCUCCAGAUUUCAUACCAUGAAGAAAAGGGAGAAUGGUGAUUCCGUCUAGGAUGCAUCUUUAAUGUAACAAUUCUGUAUUUCAACAUGAAACUCUCGUUUUUAUUAAACUUUGUCUUCUUCUUGUGUUUCCUUUAUAAAGACAAUAACAAUUAUGUCAAGAUCAUGCUGGUUCAGCUACUCUGCUUUAUUAAUAGAAAUUUUCACCACUUCAAAAAGUA